AUGGGAGACCGACAGGUGAUCCAGCAGAACAUCCACAGCUUGCUGCCGAAGCUGGACGACCCCGACGCUGAUCUGAGGUACAUGUCUUUGAACGACCUCUUUGGGAUUCUCAACGAUCAGAGCUCUCUCUUUCUCUCUAACGAAAGCCGCACAACUACGCAGCUGGCCGAUGGCCUGUUGAAAGCCCUGGAUGAUCAGCAUGGCGAGGUUCAGAACCAAGCUCUCCAAUGUCUUGGACCCCUGGCUCUACGAGUGCCUCCCGAAACGCUCGUGUCUAUCCUCGAGAAAUUGACCAACUUGACCUCCUCUCAAACCAUCGACACCUCUGUCCCCAACACCGCUCUCCGCACUAUCGUCGACACCCUUCCCCACCCGCAAGCCAACCAGCCCCCUCAGCCGUCGGUGAGAAAUGCGUACCUUGCGAUUUCCAGAGUCCUGAUUCCCAAAUUGGCCGGUUCGACUCCAUCGUCCUCGGGCCGACGCGGUUCUGUUGUCAGAGGAAUGCUGGAGAAGGAUGCGUCGAAGGGAUUCAGUAGCGAUGCAAUUGAUGUGCUCAUCAGGGUCGUCACUUGUUUUGGUCCACUUCUUCAAGAGACAGAGCUCGAUUCCCUUCAACAAUCCGUUAUGGCUAUUAUUCACACCGACACUGCUGGCACCGUGGUCACCAAGCGUGCCCUUGCUGCUAUUGGGGCACUGGUGUUGUUCUUCUCUGACAACCAGCUCAACAUAUUCGUAGGACGUCUUGUCGAUGAUUUGUCGUCCUCCAAAAUUACUACCAUUCACCGUCGUCACCUGAUCGCUGUCAUCGGUACCGUUACACGAAGUGCACCGGCUAAGCUGGGCCCGCAUCUGGAUCGCCUUGCGCCCUAUGUGUUCGCUGCGGCGGGGGAGGACGGUGUUGGUAACUGA